AUGACAAAAAUACAACCUUACCUUCGAUUACAACAACAACAAAAUCAGCUGCACGAUAAUGAUGUUAAUGGCGAAGGAUUUGUGCUAUAUUUAUCAAAAACCCCAUCUUGCAUUAUAACGUUUACUGGUUGGAUACUUGAAUAUCCCGUAAUUUAUGCAUUGGAUUUUGGUUUCAUUGUUAAUGAGAAUGAGGAUGAAAACGUUGAGAAUAACGUGGACAAGAAAAAUAAUUUAGGAAAUCAAGGAUUAAUUUUAUUUCAAUUAUUUUUAAAAUACAAUCAGAACAUUCCGGGUUUCGGUAGAGAAGAAAGUUCCAGAAACCGGUUUGAUUCGCUCAAUUCAGUUCGUUCAGAACUAGUAUACGAAACUAUUGAUAUUGAGUGA